AUGUCCUACUACAACCAACCCUACGGCCCUGGCGCGGGAGGGGGCAGCGCAGCAUCGAACCUCCAAUUCUACCCUUCUUCCUACUCAAACGUCUCCGGCCACACGACGCCCUCACAAGCCUCUUACGGUGGGUAUGGCGGCACAAGUAAUACGGCAAGCGCAUAUCCGGGAUAUGGCGCAGGCUCCUCCGGAGGAUUUGGAGGUGGGCCUGGAAUUCAGGGUGUUAGUGGCCGUAUGGGAGAUUCUGGAGGGCUGAGGACGGGCUGGCUCGCGGCAUUUGGGACAGAGGGAUAUGAAGGAGAGCCGGGGUUGAUGGAGGAGCUGGGCGUAAACUUUGGGCAUAUUAAGACAAAGACACUCACAGUCCUAAACCCAUGGACGCGCCCAUCACCUCAUAUUAUGGACGACAGUGAUCUCUAUGGGGGCCUGUUAUUCCUGAUUCUUUAUGGAACCUUCCUUGCCCUCUCAGGGAAAUUCUUCUACGGCUAUAUCUACGGCAUUGCACUGUUUGGAUCUAUAGCUCUACACUGGAUGUUCGCGCUCAUGACACCACCCAUCGACCCCAAUGAUUCAGAUCAGAUGGCUCAGGCACAACGAGAUCAUGGUCAAGGGCCUGGCGGACACCCUCAUGGAGGCCAUUUCUCUAGCACCCUCACGUAUUCGCGAAGCGCAAGCGUUUUGGGGUACUGCUUCCUUCCGCUCGUCUUCACCUCGCUGUUCGGGGUGCUCCUGCCCAUGGACACGGGCAUGGGAUAUGUUCUGACGGCGAUGGCGGUUGGCUGGUGCACAUUUAGCAGUUCCGGAAUGUUUGUCAGUGUGGGAAGAAUGAAGGGCAUGAGAGGAUUGGUGGCAUAUCCAUUGGCACUGUUCUACUCAGGGUUUGGGAUUAUGGGUAUCUUUUCGAGUCGGGGGAGUGGCAUGCUGGAAGGCAAAGUGCUUUGA